CAAGCCAGAAUCUUGAAAGCAUUCGCCUUAGCAAGAUGUACCGGGAGGACUCGGACAGCAUAAAGUGUUUCAGAACAUUUGGUAUGAAGACAACUGUCUUCUUUCUGGCAAUAGUCUGGUUAUUGCCUAGACGAGUUCAAGGCCAGACACAAGACCAAGUUGACGCACUUUACAAAACUUUAGUGAACGGUCAUAAAAAGAAUACACGCCCGGCUGUUAACCACUCCUUUCCUACAGAAGUAAACGUCUCGUUUUCACUUUUCCAAUUAGUGGACGUGGACGAGGCCAUGGGUAAACUAUCAAUAUCAGGACAAUUAAUUAUGGAGUGGUAUGAUCAUCGCAUGAGUUGGAAUCCUAUUGAUUACGGCGGAGUGAACACCAUAACUGUCCCAUCAUCCGCCACGUGGAAACCCGAUCUUGUUUUGACGGAGCCUAUCGACAAUGCUAUAGCAUUUGGACAUGCAUUUGGACAUAUGCAAAGCUGGGUAACCGUCCGGUACUUAUACGAUGGUAAAGCUAUUUUUGCUCCUGCUGGAGUAAUUUCGUCGGUGUGUAACAUUUCGGUAUAUUUAUACCCAUUCGAUGAGCACGAAUGUGUAAUCAAUCUUUUUCCAUGGGGAAUGAACAAACAAGAGAUAGUAUUAAAUACAAAUACAACUCAGUUAUUGAAUAUAUCAAUAUUCAGUGAAGAUCCCGAAUGGAUUUUGGACAGAAAUGAAACAUCUACGGGCGUCAUGUUUGAUAACAUUUUCUGUUAUCGAGUAGUCCUUUAUCUGAUACGACGGUCAGCUUUUGUAACAACGAACAUCAUUGUGCCAAUGUACUUUUUGGUCAUUCUAAACGCAAUGGUAUUUGUCAUUCCUGCUUCUUCCGAAGAACGCGUCACAUGUGCUAUGACAGUUCUACUAGCAAUGGCGUUUUUCAUGACAGUUGUUCACGACACUCUUCCGAAAGUGUCCGAUCCAACACCAAGAAUAUGCACGGUCAUUAUGUGUUAUCUUUUGUUGAGCGCUUUAAUCGCGAUAAUGACGAUCAUCAACCUCCGAAUCUCUAAAUUGUCUGAAGGCGAUGGGGAAAAAGUGUUGAACAAUAAUUGGAAAAUUUGGAAAAAUUGGAAAAAUUGGAAUAAUUGGAAGAAAGCCAGUGUGGUUAUUGACAUUAUUUGCGGGGUGGGUUGUUUUGCGUGGGUUUCGGGUUCUGGAAUAGCCAUGUAUGUUUAUGUCAGUCGUAAUCGAUAAAAACCCACGUGCUUUAUCGCGCACAUGUUUAGAUCACUUUUCGGUAUUUGGAACGGUACAAAUUCAACACCUAAAUCUGAUAAUUAUAAUUAUACCGACUGUCUGAGCAAGAUAAAUCCCAUCGACAUUUUUGUUUUUGAGUUAUGUUUGUUUCGAAGAUAAUUAAAGAAACUCGUUGGAAAAUAAUUUUAACAGUGACAGUCAGCUUGUCGAGAAAAUUGAGAAAAUAACGAUAGCAACCAGCUCCCAGAUUUAUCGCCCUCUGCUUUUUUGAUUGAUCUUUAGAUACGAGUUUGAUUGAAAGGUGGCGAGACGCUAAUUCAGAAAUACACUUGUUCUAUACAAUAAACAUAAGCCGAUGUAAAUGUCCGAAAUUCCAUUUAACAACUGAUGUUGCUGCUGUAGUGUGUGCUCAUUGUAAAAUAUCCUCGAGUAUCAGUUUUUUUUUUCAUUUUUGCCAUGUGUCAAGUAAAAUUUCAUCAGUUGCAAUCAUAUUUCGACAUUAAGCUGUUGCACAAUAUCAUAUAUAGAAGAUUUAGUAUUCUCAUUUACGAAGAUUUAAACUCAAUUCCUCUUUUGAGUGAAAAGGCCUUAAUGUUAAUGCAUGUGCUCCAGACAACUCGCUCGCACUAUACUUACAGGUAAACGUCAACCUAAUUACGACACUCUUGUGGUAUCGACCACUUCCUAUUUCUAAUUUAUGUUAUCAAAGGCGGAAUUAAGUAAGUGUUAUUUAAAUGGUGUCAUUUGUAAUGAUAUCCCGAUGUAAUUUUGUAUAACAUGUAUUGUUGAUGCAGCAAUAUAUAUUUAGUCUUGAUGAAUUAUUGAUUUCACUGUUCCAGUGUUAUUCGUAAUGAUCAAAUAAUUAUUGUUUUAUUGAAUUGUAUGUGUUUGUUUGUUCAGAUGUUUGUGUCAGGGCUUCUUGUUCAGUUCAUACACACGUUAAACCUAACUGCCAUUGAUUUUAUUGUAUAAGCCAAUUUUCUAUUGCUGUAUGUUAUGUUUUGUUCUGAGUCAUUGAGAGGUCGUGCAUAUGUUAUUUUUUAGGAGACUUUUAUUUGUACAUGAUAUUUUUUAAAGCUUUAUUUCAAACGAAUAUCAUGAUCAGGAUGCUUGAGUUUUACACCAGAGUAUGUAUUGUUGUAUUCGGAUGUUUCAUUGUUUAAGCUGAUGGCUGAUUUAUCAUACGAAUAGAUUGAUUUGAGUGCGGAAACCAUUUUAGAGCCAAUUUGUUCGGUUAUCAACUUUACCAUAGUACAGAUAGAUUAAUAAUACCCUUUAUCAUAAUCAAUACAAAUGCAAUAAUACUUUUACCAUAUUGUAAUACCGUGUUGAUUAUAAUGUUCAGUAGAAAGAUUGUACUCUUUUCUUUUUGGUAACCAAAAAAUAAAGUCAUAUAUAAUAUUUCUUUCAUAACACCAUUUCAUAAGUCUUUUAAAAGGUUGUUGGUAAUUGUCGCAUCAUUCGGAUCUCCGCCGUUUAAUAUUGGUGUGAUGUAAACCCAGCUUUUAUGAAAUUGUGAAGUAUCACACAUUUUAUUGAAUAUAGUUGUAAGGUACAGGUUAAGAGAAUAAUACCCUGCUAAUUAUUUCAGCUGAAAUAUUUUCAGGCCCACUAGAUUUGCCAUUGGUUUGCUUGCAAACUACUUUAUAUAUUGCCUACUCUGUAAUUGAGCCGUUCAUUCUCGGUUUGCGGUGUACUUUUAUUCUUCUUUUAUUUCAUUAUCUAUAUUAUCACAGGAAUCGUUUCCGAUUAAGAAGUUACAAUGAUUGGUCUUUUUUUACAUGACCUGUAUUUGUACUAUAUGAUUUAUCGCAAGUUUUUUUUCCAAAAACGUUUUGGCUGUGUUUGUGCAAUGUUACUUUAACAUAUGCGUUUAUUCAUUUUAUUUCUAUAUUUUGCUUGUCUACGAAUAGCGUUAUAUUUUGUUCUAUAAUGUACAAAUUAGUGUCUAUUUAAAUUGGACGUAUUCCUAUUAGUUUUUUUUUGUCAUUCGGAAAUGGUAUUUGGCAGUUUCAUAAGUAUGAUCAAAGCUUUCCGGCGCUUUUUGAUGCGAGUGUUUAUUGUUAUUAAUUGUACAUUCCAAAUAUCUGAAUUAUAUUUUAGUGUAAAUAUUGCUAUAUGCAUCAAUAUGAUUAUAAACAUUAAUUUCGGUAAAAAUUGUAUUUAAUACAGGUAUAUUUUCAUAUUUUAUCAUAUUAUAAUCUUGUUAAUUGUUCUUUUCAAAAUAUUGUUUUAGUUCUAUUUGUUGUGUUUCCUGUUUUAUUGCUUUAAAAGCUUAUAGUAUUUAAUGUGAGAACACUAAAAUAAAGCUCUUCAUGGCAAGAGAAGAAUUCGGUCAAUUCAAGAAUUUCAAAUUGAUGAAUAUUAUUUUAAUGGAAUGUAUCGUGGUGUAUUAUCAAAUAAUCGGUUACGCAAAGAUCACGUGGUGAGGUGAAAGAUAAAUGUCUUCUACGAAAAUAUUGCUUCAAUAUUUUUUGCAGUAUUUGUUCGUAUCGUGUUUGUUUAUGUACGGAUACCAUGUUCGAAUAUAAAUCUGUCUUUGGGCUGUAUAUAAAUUUGUUUCCUAUAGAUAGCACGCAUGGGCUGAUGAUAUUGUUGUUGUAACAUGCGUGAGUUAUAUUAUAGUAUUGUUAUAUAGUUAUAAACAUGUAUAUACUGCUUUGUAUAGUGCUAUCUUAAGCAUGUGCAUCAUUACACGAAUUUCGUUGCUUUGAUUUAGUUCAAGUAUAAUUAUAAUAAUAAUAAUAAUAAUAAUAAUAAUAAUAAUAAUAAUAAUACAAAUAAUAAUAUUAAUAAAAAUAAUAAUAAUAAUAAUAAUAAUAAUAAUUAAAAAUAAUAAUAAUAAUAUUAUAAUUAUUAUUAUUAUAAUUAUUAUUAUUAAUUAAUUUAUUAUUAUUAAUGCAUUUGACAAUAUCUAAAUAUUUAGACAUACCAUGGGUUAAAUAAAUAUAUACAUUUCUGUACUUUAUGAGCGUUAUAACAACUAGACGCAAUUACACAUAUCUCAGUAUAGAUGAACUAUAGACAAUUAUCAUUAUUUUAAUCCAAUAUAUAAUAUUCAAUGUAUAUAUUGCUGCAAUUAAACGUAUUAUUACUUUGUUUAGCCAUAAUUAUUUACUUUGUAAACAAUGUACGUUUACUCUUUAUACUUUGACUUUUGACGUUCUAGAUCUUGAAUAAACUUCUCAAAACCUG